CCCGCCCCCGCCCUGCUGAUCAACCGAGCCGGUUCAGUCCAGCCGGUAGUUAAUGCACAACACGGACUCUAGCGCCUGUUCGGGAGCGGACCCAGACUCGGAGCCCCGGACACUGGGACAGGCCGCGCGUCGACCGCCCCCGCCACGCGGGAGCCACGACUCUCCCCGAAGGACCCACUCACCGGCCGGGGGGCGCCCGAGCGGCGCCGCCCGGAAGCCGAUGCCCACUCGGGAGCCCCUCCACACCCGCGGCUCCCGGGGAAACCUGCAGACCCACCCGCCUGGCCCUGGUCCCCCGCGACCGGUGCCUGGAAGCCUCAAACCCAGCGCGCCUCGCCCUCUGUGCCAGCCCCAGCCCGGAGCACACAGAACAAGGCCCAGGAAGAUUGUAUUUGAGGAUGAGCUGCCCCUGGGCACCAAGAAGUCUAUUAGAGCCGUCCCCAAGGAACAAAUGCCUAGACUCCACCCAGUUCCUGACUAUGAGCUUAAGUACCCAUCAGUGAGCAGUGAGAUGGAUCGAAGCCGCUAUGCUGCAGUGUUCCAGGACCAGUACUCAGAGUUCUUGGAGCUCCAGCAGGAGGUGGGCUCUGCCCGGGCAAAGCUCCAGCAGCUGCAGGCCCUGCUGAACUCACUGCCUCCACCCCGAAGCCAGAAGGAGGCCCAUGUUGCUGCCCGUGUCUGGAGGGAAUUUAAGAAGAAGCAGAUGGCUGGGACGCUUGUGCCCUGUUUCAAGGAAAGAGAACUGAGGAUCAGAGAGGGAAAGGCAAAGGGUCAAGCAGCUUGAGAGCCACAGGCCAGACUGCCAAAAGGACUUCCCUGGCUCUUGCCCUACUCAGGACCCCAGCUUCCUGGACAAGCAGGCUCGCUGCCACUACCUAAAGGGCAAACUAAGGCACCUGAAGAUGCAGAUCCAGAAGUUCGAUGACCAAGGAGACAGCGAGGGCUCUGUGUACUUCUGAAUGUCCUAGCCAAGAGACAGAGAGAAACAUGGGGUGGGGCUCGGGGUCCUUCCCUUACUUCUCUGCCCAGCUCCUUGCCUUAGCUCUCGCUGUUGCCCACCCCUGGGGUAAGCCUUCCCUGAUUUCAAGUGACUCUGCCUUUACGGCCCAGAUCUGAUGGCCCGUCCUCCAGGAAGCCCUCCCAGAACCUCCUCUGGGACUCCCAAGGAGACCCCAGAUCUCAGCCCGUGAAGCGGGUCCUACCCUCCAUCCCAGUGGAAUAAACACCUAUUAAAUACC